CUGGCAACCUCAAGCUCCCCCCCCCCCCCCCCCCCCCCCUCUUCUACAGCCAAAAUGUCUGACAAACCUGACAUGGCCGAGAUUGCCCGUUUUGACAAGACAAAACUGAAGAAGACGGAGACAAAAGAGAAAAACCCUCUGCCUACCAAAGAGACCAUCGAGCAAGAGAGAAAAGGCGACGCCACACCUUGACUUCAGAGCACAGGAAGAAAAAGACGCUGAGAUGCCACAGCAAAAAGCACUUUGUUUUGAUUGUCGCAGUAUUUUGAAUUCUAAUUUCGUCUUCUGAAAUGGGUGCUCUCGGGCUCCCUAGGGUGCUGUAAGGGUGUAUGGCGUCCUCACACGGGGGCUCUCUCACCGCUCGGGUGGAACACUUUAGCCUGGGUGCCUGUCUCACACAGUUAGCCUGUUUAGGUAACUCAUCUCCAAUAUUGCCAAAAGGGGGAGUGGUGGAGCGAUGUAGCACAGAGAGACAGGCAGGCAUCCAGGGUAGGGGGGAUGGGGGAGUGACAACACAUCUGGUCAUGUGGGAUGUUUUCAUAAACUUUUUACGUUUCUUUAUGAAAUAAAUAUGAAGAACUGAAACCA